UGGAAGGUCUACUGUCAGUCCUUAAUUUGAAAUCUGCUAAUUAGUGGUCAAAAAGUAAGAGUGUAAAAAACAUUAGCCACUCAAGCCAUUAGCCAAUUGUACGUAUAUGUCAUCGGCCCAUGAUUGAACAGAAAAUGAGUUUUUUGAGUGGUGUGGUAGAGGGUUUUUAUGGCCGACCAUGGACUAUGGAACAGAGGAGAGAACUUUUCAGAAGGGAACAGAAAUGGGGGUUGAACGCAUAUCUAUAUGCUCCUAAAGAUGACCUCAAACACAGAAUGUAUUGGAGAGACCUCUAUACUCCACAGGAGGCGGGGGAACUCCAAAAUCUCAUUGCAUCUGCAGAAGAGCAUCAUGUGGAAUUUAUAUACGCCAUCUCUCCUGGACUCGACAUCACUUUCUCAAAUCCCAGAGAAAUGGCCACUCUCAAAAGAAAAAUAGACCAGGUGUGGGAAUUUGGGUGCAGGUCAUUUGCUGUGCUAUUUGAUGACAUAGAGUCAGAGAUGUGUCCAGCUGAUAAAGAUGCAUUUAGCUCAUUGGCCAGUGCACAAGUGCACAUGACCAAUGAACUGUAUGAGCAUCUAAAAAAGCCUAAGAUAUUCCUGUUCUGCCCAACAGACUACUGUGGAACCUUCUGUACUCCCAGUGUUGCUCAAUCCCCCUACUUGCUCACAGUAGGGGAGAAACUAUAUCCAGAGAUUGAUGUGCUGUGGACAGGUCCAAAGGUUGUAUCUAAAGUGAUUUCGGUCGAGUCCAUUGAAGAAGUGACACAUGUGAUAAAAAGAGCGCCAGUUAUCUGGGACAACAUCCAUGCCAAUGACUAUGACCCACAAAGAAUGAUGCUGGGACCAUUCAAGGAUCGUCCCGUCGAACUCAUCCCCAAGAUCAGAGGAAUACUCACUAAUCCCAACUGUGAAUUUGAGCUCAACUUUGUAGCCAUUCACACUUUGGCUACUUGGUGCCAAUCCUACUGCCAUGGUAAAGCCAUCACAGGUGGAAAGAAUACAUUUUUCAAAGAUUACAUCCCACAUGAGGCAUUGCAGCUGGCACUCUCUGAGUGGCUGGUAGAGUUCAGUGUUCAUGAUCCACCAGGCGGCUCUCGGUCACUCCAAGGGGGCCAGUCUAAGAGGGAAUAUUCUGAGGAGGUGCCAAUGCAAACAGAUGCAUUUUAUGUCCCUGGUCCAAGAGAGAAGUUUCUCUUCACAGCUGAACCCUUAACCUUGGAUGACCUCAUACUGUUGUCGGACCUCUUCUACUUACCAUAUCAGCAUGGCCCAACAGCACUUAACAUGCUUCAGGAGCUGCACUGGCUGAAAUGCAACAGCAAUCCAAUGAGGAAGGACACUGAAUGGUGUGCCAGAGCGGAACAAUUUGACAAGAUGUGCGAGGCAGUGGUCCAGAUGUUUAACCGGCUUUCAAAUGUCUCCAACCGGCAAAUCCUGUAUGACCUUUACAACUACAUCUGUGAUAUCAAGAGUGGUGUGACUAUGGCCAGGGACUUUGUCAAAACUAUAGGUGGACAGACAACACUCUCAGCUCAGCAAAAGAAUGAUGAUCCUGAGCCCUGGGGCUUCAGAGGAGGGCUAUCAGGAGAGUUUCAGAGGAUGCUGCCCAAUCAUGGGUAUAAGGAUGUCUUUUACCAGUACUCCAGGCCGACAGCCUAUAUCAUUCGGCCUUAUACUCAAAGUGAUCAGUCAGCCGUACAGCAGAUCUUUCAAGAAGUGAUGUGUGAGGAAACUCAUGGAUUUCCAGCUACCAAGGGGGCCAUGUUACUGAGUGACAGACUUGCAUGUGGUCAACUCUGUCCCUCACCCAACUGUGCCUUCCUGAUGGAGGAUGAAAGUGGAGUUUGUGGAUAUGCCUUGGGACUUAGCGAUGACAAAUCUACUGCUUUCAAGGGGCAGUAUCCUGAGUCUCUCCUGUGUGAUAAUCCAUCUGUAAUUACAAUGCAAAUACUCCCAAAAGUGUCUGACCUCAGUGUUGCAAAACGCUUGAUAGAAUGUCUGCUUUCAGCAUUAAGAACAACAGGUUGUAAAGCGUUUUUCUGCGAACUAAGAGAAAGAGAGAAGAGGAUGUUGGAUGUCCUAACCCAAAUGGGCUCUUUCAGAAAGAUGACAAUGGAAGGCCUUCCAGAUGAUCUAAUAAUCAUGAGAACAGCAGAACAAAAUGUUGUGGGGGUGGGGUGCUAGAAGUAAGAAUUCAGAUGAUCAAAAAUCAUUUUGCUGAUUAAAAAAAUCAAUAUGACCGGUAAGUCCAAUAAUGAUUUAUAAUGCAAAUCCCAGGUACUACACAUUGCUUAUGAUACAUGUACCAUACAUUACUACAACUACACAAAGUAUCUUGUAUGAAUAUAAAAUUAAGCUGUAUUAUUAAUUGCUUAUUCAUUGCUUUGAAGGGGAACUUUUUUACAUAGAGCCCUGUUGUUUGAGGUCAUCGAGUACUGUUGGUAGGAAAAAAAGAAUAAACUCGGUGCUACAUGGAUCGAGUUAUCCUGCUAGUGGCUAGUGCUGCCAGGGGGCUACAAGGGUAUACUAUGGGGGCAGAAUUUAGACUGUAUUUGUGCCCCUUGAAAAACAAAAAAAGUGUUGUGCUGUAAAUCAUUAAACACACAUUAAAAAGAGAAAACAUCUGAAAAUGUA